GUCGGCAGGUUCUCAUCGCCAUUUAGUUCUCUCGCGACACGGAGAUUGCUUCGAACCCUAAUCGCCGAUUCAGAGAUCAGAUACCACCUCAGCCGCUAGCCAUGGAGUAUGCAGCUCGGAGGAAUCAGAGAGGCCCCUUCGAAGGUCUUUACAGAUUUAUCAUGCGCCGCAACUCUGUCUACGUCACCUUCAUCAUCGCUGGCGCUUUCUUCGGCGAACGGGCUGUGGAUUACGGUGUUCAUAAGCUCUGGGAAUCGAACAAUGUUGGGAAACGAUACGAAGACAUACCCGUGUUAGGGCAGAGGCCGACGGAAGAAUGAGAGAUAUCUACUUCAGCCACUACUCUUUCGAAUCUCUAGUCCCAAAAGAACAAGUAAUGGAGCUUCUGUGUUAUAGCCCACUCUUCAAAUUUCUUUUUGUUGCAAAUAAUUGUUCGGAUGAUCCUUCACUUCAUCACCUGAGCUUGGUUCUGUUUAAUUGAAAUUUUUGGCAUUGUUCACUUCACUUUCUUUUAUAUGUUGUCAUACUACUUCCAAACAAACUUACAAUGGAACCCCCAAAGCACUUGGCAUGUGUUUCUUUCUGUUA